GGUUACGGAGGAGGAUUAGGAGGUUACGGAGGAGGACUAGGAGGAGGUUUUGGAGGAGGACUAGGAGGAGGUUUUGGAGGACUAGGAGGAGGACUAGGAGGAGGAUUAGGAGGUUACUACCCAGGCGGAGGAUAUUAUUUCUACUAUUAUAUUGAAUACAUCAUCUACUUGUUAAGAAUUUUGGGAUCAAGUUUCCCAUAUGGGGGUUAUGGCGGUGGCUUAGGCGGAAUUGGCGGUGGUCUAGGCGGAAUUAGCGGUGGUUUAGGCGGAAUCGGUGGUGGUCUAGGCGGAAUGGGCGGUGGUCUAGGCGGAAUCGGUGGUGGCUUAGGCGGAUAUGGCCUGGGCGGUCUUGGUGGUAUUGGAGGCGGUCUUGACGGUAUCAGUGGCGGCCUUGGUGGUAUCAGUGGUGGUAUUGGUGGCAUCAGUGGCGGCCUUGGUGGUAUCGGUGGCGGUCUUGGAGGUGUUGGAGGUGGAUUAGGAGGAAAGAAGUAUUAUUAGGCAGGAAAAUGUUUACCGACGCCCGAUAACGACGCCCAUCAUCGAAUCAUCGUAGACUGGUGUAUGUGUAUAUAGAAAUAAAUUCUCUGCAAGCUC